UAUGCAUUUUGGUGUUGAAUUCUUCUUCACGUUUAAGCGCUUUUUUAAUUUGCGUACUGCAGAUUUCAAUUGAAGCUGGGUGGAAGGGGAGCGAUUUAUCUGCCACUCACGUCUUGCACGUCUUUUUUUCAUUUACAAGCUUUUCUAUUUCACUAUUAGUGAUUUUUCUGGGACCAAGCGGCUUAUAGUAUUUGUUUGGUGUUGCUAAGGCAGCUGCGCUGGUUAUUAUAUCAUUGACUUCUCUUAUGUUUUCGUCAAUAUCUCCUCCUGUAUUUAUUUUGUACUCAAUAUUAAUGUGGCUACUCACGUUUUUUUUUAUUUUAAGCAAUUCAUUUUAAAAGAAGUUAGACUCACUUUUGGAUCAACGAAUAUGGGUUGUCCAUAUAAUUCUAUUAGUACAGGAGAGUGAUCAGAAGAUAGAUCAGUACAUGUAUCAGCGGUUAUGUGCGAUUUAUCUAUAUUUUUGAUUACAGCAAAAUCAAUUAAAUCUGGUAUUUUGUUACGAUCACUAGGCCAGUUGUCGUCCUUUCGUAUUAAUUAGUCGUGAGCCCCAAUACGUGUGUUUUGCAUUGUAGUCUCCACCUGCUAGAAAUCUAUGGCCUAGCGUUCCAAAAAAGUCUUUAAAUUGGAUGUCUGUAAUUUUAAAUCGAGGUGGGCAGUAUAUGGCCGUCAGGUUUAAGUCCCCUCAGCGAUUUUUUAUAGUUAUUGUUGUAGCUUGUAAUUGCGCUGUGGCAUAAGAUUCUAAUACGUGGUGAUUUAAUCGUUUUCUAACCAACACUGCUGUUCCUCUAUGCGCCUUUCCAUCUGAGUGACUUGUAAUAUAUAUUCUAAAUCCCGGUAUUAAGUUGAGUUUCUGACAAAAGCAUUACAUCAAUAUUAUUUUCAUCCAGAAAUCUAAUAAGUUGCAAUUUAUGUUGGUUAACACCGUUAGCAUUCCAUAAACAAAUGUUCAAUACACUCAUUUUUUACUUAACAAAGUUUGCAUCAUUUGGUUUUGUGAUUUGAUUAUCUCUUGAAUCAUAUUUUGCAUUGAAGCCAUAAAUUGUGUCAUACAUUGGGUAAGGUUGAAAAUCAUAGUUUCAACGCUUCCGUUUGGUUGGAGCUGCUGGAAAAGUGGGAGGCACGUUCCCACGACCGCCGGCGUGCAAAACGAAAUGCUCAUGUAUACAAUGAGAUUUCGCAGGAAAUGGCACAAAAAUACACCGCCGACGAAAUUCACUGCAAAGUGAAAAACAUGUCAAAAAAAUACAGAGAGGAGAAAACCAAAAUUGGCCCUUCUGGUGGUAGUCCCUCGCCUUGGAGGCAUUAUAAUGCUGUGCAGCGCAUAGUAGGGUGUACUGCCGUUAAUUCGGCCUUGUACAUAGAGACAUAUUCCGAGAAUUCAACAUUAACCCAAUUGUUGCCGCCGUCCGACCCAUCAUUAUCACCUCCGUUGCCAUCGCCAUCACGUCCGCUGCCACCUUCGUUGCCGUCACCAUCACCUUCAUCUGCAACAAGAAAACGUAAUUUUAGCGCCGAGUUGUUAAAGGUUUUAAAUAAACAAACUGACAUAUUGGAAAGGGUUGCGGAUGAAACAAAGCACGUUUCAGAGGAAAUAAUUCAGACUGUUCAACAGCACAAUAAUUUGUCCGAAAGAUUUUUAACCCUUAUGGAGAAAAUCGCAGAGAAACUUUAA